UUUGAUUGAGACUGAAAGAUCGUGGCUUUUCUGGGUUAAUGGAUUUGGAAUUUAGUGUGUGGAUUUGGGUAUGCAUGAUCAAAAAUCGAAACUUUUUCACUUUUAGUGGCGUUUUGGUUGCUUUACCCAUUUCAGCUUUCUCCUUUUUAAGAUUGAACUGGGUAUUUGGAAUGGGUGAUGUUGAAAGUUUCUUAGUGAAUCAAAGCUUUACAUGUGUGAGAUACUUUCUUUAGUUUCUAUGCCAGGUGUUCCUCUGUUUCUCACAACUACUUUGCAUUCUAGCUAAAAUUGGUUGUAGAUUCAAUCAGAUUUUAGGCUAAUAGAGUAUAAAUUUCUUUGUAGGGCUUUGGCUGGUCAUCGUCAGAGAAUUUACUUAAUUACUUCCAAACUACAAAUGGUGCUUAUCAAAUCAAAGAUUCUAACUUUGUGUUUUCAUUGGCUUGAAUGCUUGGAUUUGGGUUGAAAUUUGGGGUGGGUCUUUAUUUGGGUGCGACAAGAAAGAUAAUGUUGGCUUUCAUUUUCAUGUAGGUUUCUAGGUGUUUUCUGAGAGACCCAUUUCAGCUCUCUCCUUUUGACUUUUAUAAUGUUGGCUUUCGUUUUCAUUCAAUUGGAAUUGAUAAUGUUGGGAGUUUCUAUUAAUUUUUUCAAUGGUUCAUGUUUGCAGAGUUUCAUUAAUCUGUCUUCCAAUGUGGUUUCUCUGUUGGUUACUUUAUCUUGUUACUGAAAACUGUAAUGUAAUUGAAAUUGAGGCUAAUGCAGUAUAUAAUUCUUGUAGGGCUUGGCUGAUCAACAGCAGAGGAUUUGCAAACAAAGUCAAAAACUGUGCUUCUCAAAUCAAAGACUGUGGGGCGAGUCGCGAGUGUCCAAAAUGCCAUUAUCUUAUCAGCAACAGCGAUGUUUCAACAGAAUGGCCUGGCUUUCCGACUGGUGUGAAGUUUGAUCCAUCUGAUACUGAUCUCAUAGAACAUUUAGCUGCGAAAGUUGGUGUUGGAAACUCAAAACCACACAUGUUUAUUGAUGAGUUCAUCCCAACUAUUGAUUGGGAUAUUGGCAUUUGCUACACUCAUCCUGAAAACCUUCCUGGUGCAAAGAAAGAUGGAAGUAGCUUCCAUUUCUUUCAUAAAACAUGUAAUGCAUAUUCUACUGGUCGGCGGAAGCGUCGCAAGAUUGACAAAGAGCAUGACUUGGCCGCACAGGCUGUUCGUUGGCACAAGACCGGCAAGACCAAGGCUAUAAGAAGUGGAGUUCAUCCGGGCUGGAAGAAGAUCUUGGUGCUGUAUAAAAGUUCAAUCAAAGGGUCCAAAGCAGAUAAGACUGACUGGGUGAUGCAUCAGUAUCAUUUGGGAAGUACAGAAGAUGAGAAAGAAGGUGAAUAUGUGGUGUCAAAGAUAUUCUACCAACAGCCUAAGCAGACUGACAAGAAUGAUCACAAUUUGGUCAUUGAAGAAUCUGAAUCCAAUGUGCUUCAACGUUCUCCAAUUACCCCCAUAACAAAUCCUCCAACUACUCCUGCACCAGAGGAAUCUGCUUGGUGUGAUGCUGGUCCUGACGAAUAUAUGCAGAAUUCCUAUGCCAAGGUAGCAGAACAUGUCCCGGAAGUAUCUCAAUAUGCCCAACUUAGGAAGUUCGAGGACAGUAUAUCUCAUGUCCCUCAACUUGAUAGUCAGUUUGAGAACAAUAUGGGGCAACCUACCUGGUUGGCAGGCGAAUCUCAGGCUGAUGAAUACUAUGGUUUAAAUUGCUUGGAUGACACCUUGUUAUGCAAGGAGACAUUUAAUUCUUCCACUCCUCUAAAUGAUCCAGUUCUGAAUCCCAUAUCUAACAGUGAUUGUGUUAACAACACAUACGGGGUGACUGGAAACAGCAGCACAGCAUUUGGAAUCCCUGACCUUGAGAACCUCGAGUUUGAUAGUCCACCAGAUUUCCAGCUAACUGGUUUGCAGUUUUGUUCCCAAGACAGUUUACUUGAGUGGUGGGACAGGUUGUGAAUGAGCUUCCGGGAAUGAAACUGAAUUCCCAAUUUUGUUCAAUCCCAUCUUCUAGGUGAACGGCUUAUAAAUACUUGCAUGCUCUUUAAUGGAAAAUGAGGCAAACUUUAUGCAAGCUUAUCAAGCUUUAUAAGUCUCAGGGCAGGUGACCAUGGAGCUACAAGUAAGCAGAACUAAGCUGUCUCCUGCUGAGAUCAGAUUGAUCAACCUACGGCUAAUGAGUGUAUUUGCUAAUUUAACCAUCAAGUUCAGUUGUUUGUAUCAACCUGUUUUUGCAAACGAUGUAUGCAUGUAUUGCUUCUAUGGUAGUAAAAAGCAUCUCAUGGGAUUUGGGAUACUUGAAAACCAUUGUAGCAACGAUUACAUCAUUGGCAAUAGCAGAUAUGUGCCAUAUAUAUAUGUUGUAUCAAAUUUGUAUCCAGAUUUCUGUUGAAACAAUGACAUUUGCUGUUGUAUCAAAUUUGUAACUUCGUACAUCUGAUUCUUAUUAAUUUUGUUUUUUCUCCUCA